GGGCGCCGGUGGGUGAGGUCAUCACGAGGCGCCGCGGAGGGACGCAGGGAGAGCAGGUAGGAAGGAGUGUGGCGCCGGUGGGCUCGAGACUGGCCCACCGCGCCUUUUCCUCUUUUGGGUCUUAGCGGUCCACAACGGCUUUCCCGGGCCUCUCUUCCUGUUAGACUUCUCUGUGUCAGCGAGGUCCCCGUGGCCGACGCCACCCUCACGCUGGAAACUUCCCUCGCCGAGCUAGCCACUCCCGGGCGCCGUCGCCUUCGGCCGAAUUGGACCUUCGUUCUCCACCUUCGGCAGCUACGGGGGUCUUUUCCUGGUUGGGUUCUCUUCAGAACGUGUGGCCCAGCGUGUGUUCGGAAAUCUUCUCAGCCAUUAUGGCUGUCAAGUGGAUUGGUGGACAUUCUUCUCCUAUUCUCUGCCUGAAUGCAAGUUCAGAAGGACUAGUGGCUUCUGGAGCAGAGGGUGGAGAUCUCAUGGCUUGGGGUGAAGAUGGGACUCCAUUGGGACACACACGCUUUGAAGGGGCCAACGACGUUACCUGUGUCUUAUUCUCUCCCUCCUGCCCCACCAAGCUCUAUGCCUCGCAUGGAGAAACUAUUAGUAUACUGGAUGUGAGAUCCCUCAAAGGUUCCCUGGACCAUUUUCAUGUGAAUGAAGAAGAAAUAAAUUGCCUUUCAUUAAAUGAAACUGAAAACCUGCUGGCUUCUGCUGAUGACUCCGGAGCAAUCAAAAUCCUAGACUUGGAAAAUAAGAAAGUUAGCAGAUCGCUGAAGAGACAUUCCAAUAUCUGUUCUUCUGUGGCUUUUCGGCCUCAAAGGCCUCAGAGCCUGGUGUCAUGUGGACUGGAUAUGCAGGUGAUGCUAUGGAACCUUCAGAAAGCCCGGCCACUCUGGAUUACCAAUUUACAGGAGGAUGAAACAGAAGAAAUGGAGAGCCUACAGUCACCGGACCACAAACUCCAAGCUUUAGAAGCACAGUUUAAAGAACUGGACUUCACCAAGGAUAAUCUGACACAGAAAUUUGAACAUCAUAGCAAAAUGUUGGCAAGCCAGGCAGCCCAAGAUGAGCUGUGGACAGCAGUUCUGGCACUCAAGUUCACUUCAAUGGAAUUAAAUAUUAUAUACAGCUAUGUCAGUGAAGUACUCAUCUGCUUGCACACUCGUGUGCUUGAGAAGCUGCCAGACCUGGUGAGAAGUCUUCCUACCUUAGCCUCUGUCCUUAGAAGAAAAGUCAAGAACAAGCGCAUUAGAGUCGUAUGGGAAUCUGUCCUGGAGGAGUGUGGGCUGCAAGAAGGAGAUACCACAGCACUUUGUACCUUCUUUAUUGCACAUGGCAACAAGGCAGAACACUACAGUGCCAAAGUGAGACAGAUGUACAUCAGGGAUGUCACUUUCAUGAUCACCAACAUGGUAAAGAACCAGGCUCUGCAGAAUGCUUUGCUGAUGGCUGUCCAGCUCAUUGAGAAGGGGAAAGCAGUGACAGCCCCUGAAGAGCAAAAGUCAUCCCUAAAAGAGUUGAUGCCAAUUGUCAAAAACUAACCUGUUACCUUAUGACCUAGCAAUUCCACUUCCAGUAAUUUAUCUUGCAAAUAAGAAAAAAAUAUGUAUAUACAAUUUUGCUAUGGACUUAUUUUUAUAGCAAAAUUUGGGAGAGUAUUAGAGAAAUUAUGAUAAAUAGAUACAAUGGAUAUUUCUGUAUAGUCAUAUAAAAGAAUGAAGAAGCU